AUGAUGCUCAAAUCAGCUAUCGCCCUUUCCGCGGGCUUCAUCAGCAGUGCCCAUGCCUUCUGGCGUAUGGAAUGCCCCGGCCGCGUGGGAUUGGCACGUAUCGAUCCCAUCAUCGACCCUGGCACGGUCUCGAAGCAUGCCCACUCCAUCCACGGCUCCUCAGGCUUCGCCGAAACUGUUACAUCCCAACAACUUCUAGAUGCCGACUGUACAUCGUGCCGAGUAACACAAGACAAGUCUUCUUACUGGCACCCUGCUUUGUAUUUCGAAGAUGCCGAUACCAAGAAAUUUGAAGUCGUUGACCAAGUAGGCGGCAUGUUAGCUUACUACCUGCUAUUUGGAGACAACAUAACCGCUUUCCCCCCUGACUUCAGAAUGUUGUCCGGCUCAAACGAACGAAGAACCUACGGUAUGGGUGAUCCUAGCAAGCCAGACCCGGAGAAGUCUGUGUGGCAAGCUCUUGGCCAGACCUCGCAGAAGGACCUGGCUCAACGUGCGCUCGGCUUCAACUGUCUCAAUUACCAAAAAGCCCCUGAGGGUACCCUCUACCGUCAUUACAUGCCUGACAAGGAAUACCUGGACGCAAACUGUAAGGAUGGUAUUCGUCUGGAGAUCAUGUUCCCUUCUUGCUGGAAAGGUGGCGAUGCUGUGGACAGCGACAAUCAUAAGGACCAUGUCGCUUUCCCAGAUCUUGUUAUGACAGGUACCUGCCCUCAGGAUUAUCCUGUCAGACUGCCUAGUCUCAUGUAUGAGGUGAUCUGGAACACUGCUGCUUUCUCCGAUCGCAACGGUCGAUUUGUUUUUGCCAACGGCGACACUACCGGAUACGGUUAUCAUGCGGAUUUCAUUACAGGCUGGGAGGAAGAGUUCCUUCAGGAUGCCAUCGAAACCUGCACCAACGAAUCUGGAAGGAUCGAGGACUGCCCUCUCUUCGACGUUGUCAGCGAAACAGAGGCCAAAACAUGUGAGAUGAAGAUGCCCAAGGUGUUGGCCAACGAGGAUUGCAAGGGCCCUAUGAAAGCGCUGCCUGGCAGCAACGGAGACUCUUAUGGAGAUGAUUCCGACGUCGAGAAGCCCGACCCCACUGGCAUCAAGGUAGCCCCAACGUUGUCCUACUCUCCUGGUGACAGGCCAGAGAACUCCGCCUCGCCUCUUCCAGGGCAAGUCUUCAAGGUGUCGUCGGCUUAUCAGGCCCCGGCUCCUGGCCCAAGCUCCAAGACCUCUAGUGUCGUGGCAGCUAUUCCAUCUAUCGAAUCCAAGCCUUCGGUUCCUGUGGUACUGGCACCCGUCCCUACCAUUGAGGCUGUCCCCGAUGCCGACUUGGGCGUAGCUGCACUCAAGGAGACCACAACCGCUGGUGAACCAAGCGUUCCUUCCGCACCUACAACCACACCGGCACCUGAGCUUGUGCCUGUAACAGACACCAAGAGCUUUUACAGCACACAGUACGUCACAAACGGCAACCUUGUGAGCAAGAUCCUCUGGGAAGAAGAGGUGGUCUACGUGACCGAUCUUCAAGAGGAGACGGUGAUCGUUACUGUUACAUCAACCGCUGUUGUUGGACCUUCGGCUGCCCCGGCUGCUCAAGCAGCACCCGCCGUACCAGCAGCACUCGAAGCACCGGCGGCUGAAGCAGCUCAAGCGGCGCCGGCUGUCCCAGUCGUUCCAGUCGCACCAGCUGCGCCUGCAGUACCAGCGGCAGGCCCACCAAGACGGAGACGUCGCGGUGCCCACCUGCAUGGUCACAGACGCCCACAUUUCUAA